UUGGCGAGACAACGACUGUGAAGCGACAUUUAAAAAGAGUGGAGUGAAGAGAACGGGAAAAGCAAAGAAUUCCAUAGACCGUGUUUUAAUUAAUUUUGAUUUUCGCAACUGCACAAAAGAUGUCGAAGCUGUUGGGCGUGCCGUUGAAAAAACCAUCCGAGGUGGACAUAGUAAAACCUCUGAACAAUCUUAUACAAAGCACUUAUAAUGGAGCUACCGCCGAUGAGAAGGCCAAAUAUGCGGAGUCUGUAAAUGAAUUUUCAAAGCAACGCAAUACGGCGAUUUGGAAGUUCUUUGAAAAGUAUGAGGCAUCGUUGGAAGUGGUCUACGCCUAUUAUGAUCAGAUUUGUGCUCUGGAAACAAAGAUUUCGGUGAGUGAACUGCAAAUACCCUUCAAAUGGAAAGAUGCCUUCGAUAAGGGUACUAUAUUUGGCGGUAAAAUCAGCCUAACCCACACAUCGCUGAUGUAUGAAAAAGUAUGUGUGCUUUUCAAUAUAGCCGCUCUGCAGAGUAAUGUAGCGGCUAGUCAGGCCCUGGACACGGAUGAGGGUCUCAAGUUGGCCAUUAAACUAUUGCAGCAGAGUGCCGGCAUUUUCCAGUACUUGAAGGGUGCUACGCCAGCUGCAUUACCCUCAGAGCCUACUCCGGAUUUAAGCCAGGACACACUGGUAGUACUUCAGGCUCUGAUGGUGGCACAGGCUCAGGAGGUAUUCAUUCUCAAGGCUAUUAAGGACAAUAUGAAGGAUCAGAUUAUUGCUAAAUUAUGUUGCCAGGGUGAGGAAUUCUAUGCAGAUGUUUUGCGAGCCAUGCAGAAGGAGUCGGUGCGCAGUUUGUGGGAAAAGGAAUGGAUACCCACAGUGGCCGGCAAGCAGGCAGGCUUCCAUGCCCUGACACAACUCUAUCAAAGUCUUGUUUGUCGUUCGGCCAAGAAAAUUGGCGAAGAAAUUGCUCGCCUUCGUAAUGCCAUCGAGUUGUUUAAGGCAGCUCAGUCACGUGGCGGCAAUGAGACGUACCUGGACGAGUAUUUCAGCCGGGCAAAACGGAACUUGGCUGAAUCUACCAAGGACAAUGAAUUCAUUUAUAAUGAGAUGAUACCAGAGCAAAGUACUCUGGCCUCGCCUGGCAAGGCUCAGUUGGCAAAGCCUCUACCCAUUCCUGUACCCCUGGCUGGCAAUUUCAAGGACAUUUUCACCAAUCUGGUUCCGGUGGAACUGCAUCGCGCUCUUACCGCUUCGGAUAUGCGGAAGAACGAGAUUGUAAAUGGGGAGAUUAUGAAAUUGCGUGAGUCCACACAAACUCUUAAUGCGGUGCUGGCCAGUCUUAAUCUGCCGGCCGCUGUGGAGACCACAGAUGGUAAUAAUGGAUUGCCACCGUCGCUGAAAGAGAAAGCCCACGAGGUGCGUCAGAAGGGCGGCAUUGAGAAUGUGCAGACCCUGUUGAAAGAUUUACCCGAGCUGCUCAGUCGAAAUCGCGAAAUUCUGGAUGAGACAGAGAGAUUGCUCGACGAGGAACGCGACUCGGACAAUCAGCUACGGGCGCAAUUUAAGGAGCGCUGGACACGCAUCAGUUCGGACAAGCUGACCGAAAUGUUCCGCACUAAUGCGAAAAAGUAUCGCGAAGUUAUCACCAAUGCCAUUGAGGCGGAUAAGGUUGUGCGUCAGAAAUUUGAAGCAAAUCAGAAGGGAAUCCAGCUGCUUUCACUAUCUCCAGAGCAGAUACAACAGUCGCUGCCCUCCGCCAGCGGUAGUGUGGAUCCCAAUUGUUCCAGUGUGCAGCGACUCAAGCAUCUAAUGGAGGCCGUAGAGACCAUUAAGGCCGAACGGGAUGCCGUUGAGUCCGAACUGAAGUCGGCCACAUUCAAUAUGAAAGAUGAGUUCUUGCUUGCCCUCCAGAAAGACGGAGCCAUCGAUGAGCCAGCCUUGUCUCUGGCGCGAAUUGGUCAAGUUAUUAAUCCGCUGCAGCAACAGGUCAAGGAGAGUAUUGAGCGUCAACAAUCUCUGGUUGCUGAUAUUCAAAGUGCCCACGGAGAUUUCGUCUCGGAGACCGGCAAUUGCGGCAGCUCGCGGGACAAACUGUACCAGGAGUUGGCCAGUGCCUAUGAUAGCUAUGUGGAGCUAUCUGGCAAUUUGCAGGAGGGUACUAAGUUCUACAAUGACCUCACCCAGUUGUUGGUGGUGUUCCAGAACAAGAUUAGUGAUUUCGUAUUUGCCCGUAAAACCGAAAAGGAGGAAUUGCUCAAGGAUCUGACCACAGAGUCCAGUCGCCAGGCAUGUCCAGCCACUCCAGCAUUGCCAUCGCACUAUGCAUCCACCUCGGGCAGCGGCAGUGACAUUCCAUCCACACCAGGCGGUGGUGCUCCCAAUGUGCCAGCUGCUGCUGCAGCAGCUGCUCCAUCAGCUAUACCCUAUCCAGCCCAGGUCCAAGGCAUGCCAGUGCCGUAUGGAGCAACUCCAGGUGUACCAUAUCCAGCUUAUGUUCCGGCACCCAUGCCGCAGAGCUUUAAUCCCUAUGCAACUUUGCCAUAUCCAGGAAAUUAUCAAUAUCCUGGCUAUCCCCAAGGACCUGCACCCGGACAUUAUGGCACCUAUCCCGGUACUUAUGCCCAACAGCAGGGCGGCUAUCCCAACCAGCAGAAGCCUCCUGGCUGGUAAACCUCCCAUUUGAUUUGUAGCCCUCUUUUUUUUUAGCAUGCUUCUUGAUUUAAGUUGAAAUCUGUGUUUGAGGAAUUUAGAGAUUCUAAGUGAGCAUUCAAUGCUUUACUCCACGUUCGUUGAAAUUGGAAUUUGUUUUAUAAAUCUUUAUAUAUACAUAUAUGUACCCCUUCAAAGUUAAUCUCACAUAUGUAUUCUCCGUAUCACAAAACAAAACAAAAAAAAUAAACAUUCUAUUGUCUUAAUCUA